AUGGGCGAAUUUCUCAUUCACCGGGUCCGCUUCUUCCAGUUUGUUCCGAGCGGGAUCCGCGCUCUGGCCCAGAAUGGGCGGGGGGAGCGCCUGGCCCUGGCCCGGGAGGACGGCAGCCUGGAAAUCAUCAACUUCACCCAAAACUUCAUCCAGGAAAAGGUCAUUCCCGGGAAUGAGAAACGAUCUAUUGAAGCAAUCAGCUGGGUUGGUGAGAAUCGACUUCUGAGCGUCGGAUUAAAUGGAGAAAUCAUCGAAUAUGACCUGCAGAGACUCUGUCCGAAGUACAGACUAGAUGCUUUUGGAGGCCCACUUUGGUGCAUAAGCUGUAACAGUGAGGAGACUCAUCUGGCGGUCGGAUGUGAAGAUGGCUCAGUCAAAUUGUUUGAGAUUGUUCCAGAAAAGCUUCAGUUUGAGAGAAACCUGGAUCGCCAAAAAGAUCGUGUACUUUCUCUGGCCUGGCACAAGUCGGGCACAAUGAUUGCAACAGGGUCAUUGGACGUUAUCCGAGUUUUUGAUGUAAAGUCUGGUCACUGCACACGCCGUAUUCUUGUGGAUCGCGGUGAUAUUGUUUUCCACAAUCGUGAAUGUGUGGUGUGGAGUCUCUGCUUCCUAAGUGAUUACACCAUUGUGAGUUCAGAUUCAGCGGGGAAAGUGCAGUUCUGGGAUUGGAAGACAGGAACUCUGCUGAAAACACACCCUGUCACCAACUGUGAUGUGCUGACGUUGGCAGUGAACAAGGAUGAGGACAGCAUUGCUGCUGGGACAUCUGAGGGAACUGUUGUCCAAUUCCAGCUGCUUGCAGUAAAGUCAGGAGUUGCUGACACUCAUUGGGUUCGUACAAAGACCUUUAAAUACCACUCCCACGACGUGAGGGCUGUCAUUCACACCAAAUCUGCUGUUGUUUCAGGCGGUUUGGAUGCCCAGCUUGUCAUUCGUCCCAUGAUGGACCUAGUGGAAACCAAGUCGUAUGAAGCUGCUCUCCGCAAAGUCCUCUUCCCACAUCGAAACCUGGUGUGUUGCAGCCGGAAGGUAAAUCUGCUCCUGUUUCAGUUCCCAGAGCAGCUCGAGUUAUGGCGAUUGGGCAGCCCUGGAGCCACAGGAACUCCUGGCGAUGUCCUGCCAAUCAGCAAAAUACCAGAGAAACUGCUUCAAUUAAAGAACAAGGGUUGUGACCACAUACGGUGCUGUGCACUCUCUCCCUGUGGAACCUGGAUUGCAUUCUCAAACAUCCACAGAGUCCGUCUCUAUCGAAUACAGUAUGAGAAUGAUUCUGUCACAGUUAAUGCGGCCUCACGAUUUGUGAAGACUCUGCAGCAGGCUCAUCAGUUGCUGUUUUCCGCCGAUUCCACCAAGCUGUUUGUUGCUUCAGAUCACAACCGUAUCCAGGUGGUGGAUUUAGUGACACUGAAUGCCAAGCGAGCACACAUCCUCACACCCAAAUCCAAUUCCCUUGAGCCUGUCCAUCUGUUGGCAGAGAGUGCAGAUGGCAACUGGCUGGCAGGUGCAAAUUAUGGCUGUGAAAUCAGCAUCUAUAACCUCAAGCAGUUAAAGCAUCACUGCACAGUUCCAGCCUAUAAUCAGCUCCCCACUGCUAUUGCCAUUAAUCCACAAACCAACAACCUGAUCACUGUCCACGCAGAUCACCAGAUUUUUGAAUUCAGCAUCAGUGAGAAAAAAUACACUGAGUGGAGCCGUGCGCUGCAGCAACAGGGACUGCACCCACGCUGGGUUGAACGGGAUACACCUGUUACACAUGUGACCUUUAACCCUAAAGUGUCCACGCAGAUUAUCAUUCAUGAUGCAUACAUGUUCUGCAUCAUUGACCAGUUACUGCCUCUGCCAACUGAACAAUCAAACCUGCAUAAUCAGGCGAUCCUGAGAGGUCUGUCUAACAAAGCUCGCAAGACCCAGGAACAUGCUUUCAAAAUCUGUAAGAAAUUCAAGCCUCUGCUGCAUGCUGAGCUGCUGUUCGAUGGCUGUCUCGUGGUAGUGGAACGUCCUAUAAUGGAGAUUAAUGCACAGCUGCCUGCACCGGUCCGACAGAAGAAAUUUGCCACGUAAAUAGAUCCUGCAGCUGAGUUAGUGCUGGUUCCUAGUGUUAUUUCUUUAUUGUCAAAAUCUUUCAGAUUGCUCACUGUCCUUAUACAUUACAUUGGAGCUACAAACUUGUAAUAUUUUAUAUGAAAUAAAUAUAUAAAACUCCA